ACGUCUUGCGCAGGAAACGCAAAGGCGCGGAGAGACUAACCUAGCGGGGCGCCGCCCUUUCAAGCUGUGUCUCCAGGGCGACAGGAACUAGAAAACGAAAGUGGAACCUACUCGCUGCCAGCUUUUAGGCCUUCCCGCUGCCUGAGCAUCUCCUCCCUGCCCAGGUAGGACCUGCGUGCCAUCUCAUCUUGACUCAGCUACUGGUUGAAAGGACAGCGAUUCUGAGACCUGCAUCUUCUGGGCCAUCACCACCACUGCCUUAGUUUUCUGAAUUCCACGAUGGCAUCAGCGUUGACGGUCAAAGAUCCCACAGUUUCUGAGAGAACAGUUGUAGUUUCUGGGCUUCCAGUCGGCCUCUCAAAACACCAGUUAGUGAAGCGCUACUUCCGGGAUGAGGGCGGACAUGUGGAAAAGGUGAUAUAUCCAUCAAGAUCCAAAGGAGUUGCGUAUAUCAUCUUCAAGGAAAAGAAAGUUGCACAGACCGUCAUCAGACAAAAGAAACACCCUCUAGGCUCAGAGCCUCUGCUCACAGUCUCUCACUUCAGUGAAAAGGUCUUCAACUAUGUGAUGGCCAUUCUUGAUUUGUCUGUUUUUCGGCCUCAGAUUGUGCUAGAAAGCCUAGUAGUAGACCUGAAAAAGAAAAUCCCAACUUUAAAUUUUAGCCCAUUGGGACGCAGUGGGAAAAUCUCUGUGCAAGGUUCAUUUCUGGCCAUCCUGAAGCUCAAACAGGCUUUGAUAUCAAAAGCUAAUUCCGCUUUAGAAAACAACAGGAAAUACGCUGGUGAGAGGAGAAACUGGACUGGACAGAAUCUUAGACAGGUCCUGCAGAAAAACGAGAACUCUGCACCGACUCUGGGGACCUCUGUACCUGAGCCUGCCGGCAGCCCGGAAACACUUGUGCUUGAUACAGAUGUUUUUCUUUACCUGAAACACAAGUGUCAGUUUUAUGAACCAACACUGAGCAAAUACCACGUCCUGUGUCAGGAGAAGGUGGAUGGUGACAUCACUACCCUUUGUCUACAAGAUGCCCGGGAUGGGUCUUACCCUGGCAGCGUCAGACAUGUGAAGGAGCUCAUUGAGGAGUGGGCCCAGGAGUUCCACCUUGAGCUCAGAAAAGAGCUGCUGGUUUUGGAAGGAAGGAGAGAGAGCGAGAAAAGAAACAUGAGGCAGGUUUUUGAACAACUGUGUUGCAGAUAUCCUAGAGUUUUGAUGAAUGUUCACAGAACACAUAUUGACCUUAUAGGACCUCCUUCUGACACGUCCCUGUUUAAGACACAGCUCAUGAAGUCUGCAGGGCAAAAGGUCACUUGAAGUCUCGGCCACAGUUAUCAUGGUCACUCCCCCCGCCCCUCCCCCACCCAGGGUGUAGGUGAAGAUUUGGAUAUGAAGAUAUGGAUAUGAAACUACUUAUCCAAAGUUAUCCAGUAGAUAGUGAAUGGGACUGGCAUUGAAUAAAAAGUAAUGUCUCAAUCAAGCCUUGAAAAAAAGAACUCACUAAAUGUUGACUGAUUUCCCCUGCAAAUCAAAAUUAUUAGGAGAAGAAGUCUUCCCCUGCAUAGGUUUGCAUGACUAGUGUGCUGUUGCUAAGCUCUCGGGGUUUGUAUUCACCCCACAUAGCAUGAGAAUGUUGGCCGAGCUCACUUGGGAAGUUGUGGUUCUGUCAGAAUUGUGGGGGAAUCUUGGGAGAAGUCUGUGUGAACGCUUUUGUGUAUGCUUCUUGCUUUCCGAUAGUAUGGUGUCCAGAUGAGCAUUGUGAGUCGAAAACAUUGUGAAUCAGAAAUGCCUUUAAUCCAAGUAAUUUGCAGAACAUGCUAGAUUUGCCAAACUGCCCACAGUGAGGAGAUGACUACGUACCCCGGUUGCUUCGUUGACUGACAGAUAGGCUCAUCGAUGCUCUGCACUGCUCGACAGCAUCGGGUAGUGGAUCAGCACUUGUCUGGAAGAGAUUCAGUGUCCGAAGUACGAUUUCUAGACUAUUCCUUUUGCACCAUAAUAAAGGAAAAUGUACAGAAAAUUAAAUUGUGAGCUGCAUCGUUAUUGCGUGAAGGAUCAUCUGCGUUCUGAGCAUCCGCGAUCUUCCUCCUCAAAUGCUAUUACUUUAGUUGGCACGGUAAUAAAGACAAAGAGAAGCCACAGGGAUUUGUUUCCAGGUCUGCGACUCCCUUGACUUUUAGCCUUAGAAUAAGUCAAUUUUACAUAACAGAGCUCUGCAGAGCUCAUCUUGGUUAAUAAAUAAUAAAACCGUAUCUGUUCCUCUUCAAGUAAACAAACAUGCCCAUGGUUGUUGUAACUGCGUAGGAAUCUGUUGGGUCUUUAUUCUUCUUUGCCAUCUAAAUCCCAAAACACUUUGUUUCCUUGGUAUAUUUCUGACACCAAAAAACACAGGCCACCAAUCCAAAACUUGACAAAUGGGACUACAUCGGUCUGAACAACAUGUGUGCCCCAGAGAAUGUGAUCAAUCUGUUGAAAAGAAUGCUUCCACUUGUUUGGGCUUCUGUAACAGGUUUUGAGAGGUGACUUAAACAAUGGACAUUUCUCAACAGUUUAAAGGCGGGGGAGGCAGAUCAGGAUGCAGUGUGAUAAGGCUGGACUGUGAUAAGGGCCGGAUUCCUUUAAGAAAGCAAUGUAGUCCCCUGUCUCUUAGAACACUAAUUUCAUCCUGAGGGGCUUCCUUCAUAACUCAGUCAUGCCCUCUCAGGGCCCCACCUCCAAAUACCAUCUGUGUUAGCUUCUCGUUGCUGUGACAGUAUACCAGAGCAAACUCACAAGCAGGAAAGUUUGUGGCUCCCAAUUUUAGUCCAUGGCUGCUUGACCUCGUCUAGUGUGGUGAGAGUACCCCACCGUUACCAUGUUUCCAGUCAUUAGGGCAAAGGGGAAGGGAGGUAUACCUCCCCCUGGGUGUUUUAGGAUAUAGUUAGCGUUGCACAGAUCCAGCUGGGACUGAGAUGCUCACUUAAAGCAUAGCUGUCUGGGGCAGGUAUGAAGUCACAUAAUUUAUUAUAAGCAUCUUCCAAAGGGUUCUUACACACUUCUGCAUGAGAGUGGGGAGGAACAGCUUGCUUCUGAUGGGUAAUUAUGGGAAAUACCCACCUUUCUGCCUUUUCCCGGAGAGCUGGGUUUUAGAGUGAAAGUCCCACGUACUCCUUCCUGUGUUCUGUAAAUUGCCGAGCGCUUUACUCUUCACCUUGGAAUAAAGCUUCCUUGCUACGUCGCUA